AUGGCUCCUCUACAGCUCACCGCUGAGCAGAUCCAACAUUUCGACGACCAAGGCUUCCUGAUCCUCCGACUCCACGAGCACCAAUUGGUCGACCCUGUCGUCUUGCAAAGAUGGACCAAGGAAGUUCGUGAUCUACCUCGAGAGCACGGAAAGUGGAUGCCAUACGAUGAGAUUACGCCUUCGGGAGAACGACAACUCAUGCGAACAGAAAACUUCGCAGACUUCCACCAAGGAUUCUCAGAACUGCUAAAUGGUAAUAAUCUCAAGUCUAUCCUGCAGCAAGUCACCCGGGACAACAUGCUGCUGUUCAAAGACAAGAUCAACUACAAGCUCGCGGGUGGCAAUGGCUUCGGAGCACAUCUCGAUGCUCCAGCAUACGAUCACAUCGGCGAGAUCGAGCACACUACCGCGAACCUGGCCGUCGACCCUGCCACCAUCGCCAAUGGUUGCGUCGAGGUCGUGCCUGGUAGCCACAAAAUGAAUGUCGAACUCGCUGAGGGCGGACGCAUCAGUGAUCAAUGGGUUGCUGAGCAUGACUGGAUGCCCGUUGAACUCGACAGUGGUGACCUUCUCAUCUUUGGCUCGCAUCUGGCACAUAAAUCAGCGUCGAACAAGAGCAAUAAAUCCCGAUCGAGUGUGUACGCAACCUAUCACAAUGUCAGCGAUGGCACCGACCUUCGAGACAGAUAUUAUAUUGACCGUAGAGAGAACUUCCCACCCGAUCACGAGCGCAUCAAAGGCAAAGACUAUGAAGCGGGCGUGAAGCGCUACGCCUUUGCAGCGCCAUUCACCAGCAUUGAGGAGAAGACGCCAGUGGUAGCUCAGGUUCAGGAGGUCGCAUAG